CUGGACGCUGCGUCCGGAUGCCGGACUGAGGGGAGGAGGCGCUCCAAUCCCCUCUCCCUCCUCAUUCCGUCGCUGGUUAGAGGCAUUACGGACACUCCGCCGUGCGUGGCGGCUUUAAAUGCGAGCGUGGACGUGGUUCCUGCAGUGGGAAGGUGCAUCCCUCGGUUGCGUUUGGUGGAUGAAGCAGGAGGAGGCGGAGACAGAGAGCGAAUGACAGCCAACCAUGAGACCUACCUUCUUAUGGCCAGCACCCAGAAUGACAUGGAGGAUUGGGUGAAGACCAUCCGGAGGGUCAUCUGGGCCCCUUUCGGUGGAGGGAUUUUCGGGCAGAAGCUGGAGGAGACGGUGCGGUACGAGCGCAGAUUCGGGAACAAGCUGGCCCCCAUGCUGGUGGAGCAGUGCGUGGACUUCAUCCGGCAGUGGGGGCUCCGGGAGGAGGGCCUGUUCAGGCUCCCGGGACAAGCCAACCUGGUCAAAGAGCUGCAGGACGCCUUCGACUGUGGAGAGAAACCAUCUUUUGACAGUAACACGGACGUGCACACGGUGGCCUCCCUGCUCAAGCUCUACCUCAGAGAGCUGCCAGAGCCCGUCAUCCCGUUCCAAAAGUAUGAAGAAUUCCUGGCCUGCGCCAAGCUCCUCGCCAAAGACGACGAAACGGGCGUGAAGGAGCUCCAGAGGCUGGUGGAAAGUCUACCUCCAGUCAACUACAACCUCCUCAAGUACAUCUGCAGGUACUGGUUCCAGUCGUAUUCAGGAGUGAAUAAAAUGAGCGUCCAGAACCUGGCCACCGUGUUUGGGCCCAACAUCCUGAGGCCCAAGAUGGAGGAUCCCGUAACGAUAAUGGAAGGAACCGUCCUGGUCCAGCAGCUCAUGGCCGUUUUGAUUGGCCGCCAUGACGUGCUUUUCCCCGGCAACGGCGAGGAGGACAGCCCCACGGCGCUGGAGCUCGCCAACAACAACAACACGGCGUCCCAGAACGCCGAGAACAACAACAACCACACGCACCCCCCUCGGCAGUGCGUGUGGGAGGCGCCCGGGUCGCCCGCCGGCCGUCGCCGCGGGCAGCAGCUGGACAACGGCGGCUCGCCGCGCCCGGGGAGCCCCCGGCGGCGCCCGGACGCCGCCCGCAGCCCGCCGCUGACCGUGAAGAAGAACCCGGCCUUCAGCAAGGGCAGCGGCAUCGUCACCAACGGCUCCUUCAGCUCCUCGCCAUCCUCGGAUUCGGCCCUGGAGAAGGGCCUGACCGUUGUCGGGGGCGCGCCCGUGCGGAGGGGCGGCGGCCUCAAAGGCACCAAGAUGGGCACGGGGGGCAACGGCUGCGUCCUGCUCCGGGAGGCCGGCCGGACGCGGGACGGCGGCGGCCAGACGGCCAAUCAGAACCGGCUGUCCACCUACGACAACGUCCAGCUGAACCAGCAGAACCUGGUCCGGACGGCGAGCGCGUGCCUGAACGGCGGCGGCGGCGGCGGUUCGGAGGACAAGCAGAGCGUGGACAGCGCCACCUGCACCGCCAGCGACGCCAGCGGAGACGGUUACCCCGGCAACGGGCCGGGCAGCCACAGCGCCCUGCACAGCCUGGUGGCCAGCCUGAAGCAGGAGAUGCACAAGCAGAAGAUCGAGUACGAGGCCAGGAUCAAAAGCCUGGAGCAGCGGAACCUGGAGCUGGAGACGGAGAUGGUGAGCCUCCACGAGGAGCUGGACCAGGAGAGGAAGAAGUACACCAUGGCCGAGAUCAAGCUGCGCAACGCCGAGCGGGCCAAGGACGACGCCGAGCGCCGCAACCAGAUGCUGCAGAAGGAGAUGGAGCAGUUCUUCUCCACCUUCAGCGACCUCACCGCCGCCGGGGGCGCCCCCCCGGCCGCCGACCCCCGCCGGCCGGACCGCAACAACCCCAUCUGGAUCCAGUGA